AUGGUGACCACGAGAAAUACUAAUGCCGAAGACCAGUCAGAGAUAUUGAGGUUGAUGGAGCAAAGGAUGAUGGAAAUGCAAAGGAAGCAUGAGGAGGAGAUGGCUGCGGUCAGGGCCGAAUGUCUGGCCCAAAUCGCAAAGAGUAAGAACGGGGAAAAAGGAAGGGAACAGGGCGAGGGAGCGGGAGAGAAGCGCACGCCCUUGGAGGAGGAAAAUAGCAGCACUCAUGCGAACGGGAGAGAGGAGAACGGGAACAAAGACAGCCGAUCACUGGUUAAGGUCGAGGAGACAACCACCAUGGUGCCAUUCGUGCGUGAGAUUAUGGAAGUUCAUAUAUCGGAGCAGUUCGUACCUCCCCAGUUUAAGAUGUAUGACGGGACGUCUGACCCGACCGCCCACGUGAAGUCUUUCAUUAAUGCCAUGACCUUCCGAACUGGAUGUGACGCUAUUUGGUGUCGGGCGUUUUCCUUAUCCUUGGAGGGAGAAGCUUUAGAAUGGUUCAACUCACUGCCCGUCAAUUCUAUUGAGAACUUCAAAAGUCUGGGGGAAAUGUUCAAGAAACAAUUUGCUGCAUGUAGUGCGGAAGACGUGACAAUAGUGGAUUUGAUGAAUCUUAGACAAGGGAAGGAGGAAUCAUUGAAAGUCUUUAUGGACAGAUACCAAAAAACAAUACGAAGGGUAAAGGGACUCAGUUUGGAGCUCGCCCUCCAGUACGUCAUGCCGGCCCUUAGACCGGGACCGUUUAAGGACAGUAUCUGUCGGACUCCUCCCCGGACGAUGGAGGAACUCAGACAGCGAGCGGCCGAUGAAGCCAGGGUGGAAACUAUGAAGCAACAAUACCGGAAAGAUGCUCAGGAAGCUAGGAUGGAUAAGACUGAUGGAAAGAAGAUGGAUGGCCAAGGAAGUCGGAACGGGCUGAAAAAUUGA